AUUACAAGGCGAACUCCCAACUCUUGAGCCACGAUUGCCACCAAAUGCUGAGUAUGACCCAAAGAACACCUUCCCUAAAAACACCAUCUAAAUCUGACCAGUUUCCAGUGUAUUAGUUACAAAGAGGUCUCUCUCCUCAUUGAGAAUUAAGAUCUAGAACCUCUUAAUUCUGUUCUGAGUCUUCUUCAUUGGUAUGGUAAAUGCAAAAACUGACAGGCUGAUAUGGCUGAUAUAUCUGAACAGUGUUUAUGGUAAAACAUUCAGUGCUGUGUAAAAGUCUUUGUGUAAUUUUUAACAGUGGUAUUUGUCUGAUAGUAUUGCUAUCCACAGUUUGUUUCCACUCAGUGGUGUUUUCUAGUUAGGAAACAAUCAGACAAACAGGAGUUUUAAAGGAUUACAGUUAAAUUUGUAAUCCUAUGCCACAUGUCACUACAAGAGUGUGAUUAAAGUGGCUCAUUUACAUUUUGAGAGAAGCCAGUUGAGUCUAAUAAUAGUGUUGAUGAUAUAAUAUAAUUUUCAACAUGUACAUAUGCACAGAUCCGAUAGAAACUCAAAGUAAAGAUCAGGUGGUAGAUGGAUAAAAAAAAAUAACAAACUCUGCUUCCUCGAUAGUCACGUUUUGAAGGGUUUAGCCAGUUUCUAGAAAUGAAUGUUAGUCCUUCCAAAGUGGGAUAGAUGCUGUCUCUUCUAACAUCACCAGAUUUUCCCCAGGAACUUUAUCAAUUACCAGCCUACAUGCGGCUAGAUAUGCCGGUCUUGGUUCGUCGUUUUCAACCAAAUUUCAAAGCAAACCACUGACCGGACGUCUGCACACGUUUACGAGGUGUGCUUGAAUGUGUCAUGAGGGCGGAGUUAGCACAGCAGUGAGGUUUAGCCUAGCAGGAAAUACUGAGGCUAACCACCGCAGCGGUGGAAAACAAAAACCAGCCAACCCAGUUUUAGUUCCUUAUAGAUCUUUAGAUGUGAUAGUUGCUCAACAAGAAGCCUGUCGCCUGGAUUCCGGGAAUACUUAUUCACGGCGUGUCUACGUCUUCCUCGACUCUGGAAGGGGAGAGAUACCUCUUUGUAACUAAUACACCGGGAACUGGUCGGAUUUGGAAUUUCUUUCAACGGCUGUAAACGGUGCACCUCUGCUGAGCAACGGCCGUUUGGAAUCAGCUGGAUCAUCUACCUCUAUCUCCUGUGUCUCCUCCAGCCAGCAAGUGUCAGCGGGCCUUCUGGCUGCACACGGUAUUGACAGGAUGAAAAGGUUCAGGCGGCACGGUCAAGAGUCCCAGAGGGAUCGGCUAAAACAGGAACUCUUCGCGUUUAAUAAGACAGUGGAGCAUGGAUUCCCCCACCAGCCCAGUGCUCUGGGCUACAGUCCCUCCUUGAAGCUGCUGGCCAUUGGCACUCGCUCUGGGGCUAUCAAACUAUAUGGAGCUCCAGGUGUGGAGUUCAUGGGGCUACAUGAUGAGAAUGCUGCUGUCACACAGGUGCACUUCAUGCCCCACCAG